CUCUACUUAUCCACUCGUCUAUCUUUUCUCCAUCAAAGGGACUGUGAGAAAGUGUGUUAGCUGAGACUAGAGGGAGAGUUGCGAUAGACGCCAUGGCCUGCUCAGCUCCUGCUAUUCUCUCUUCCAAACCUAGCGCCUUCUCCUGCAAAUCUGAGAUGCCCCUGGCAUCUAUUUCUCCAUCGAAGCCGUUCGCCCAGAGGCAGAGCCUAACAAUUCCUAAGAGCUUCAACGGUCUCAGGAAACCCUUCCAGUCUCGCGCGUCUCGACCAAUCUCUACUCGAAGUUCUUCUUCAAGGAGGAGUUUCGUUGUCAAUGCUUCUAGUGAACUUCCAUUGGUUGGAAAUGCAGCACCUGAUUUUGAAGCAGAAGCAGUCUUUGACCAGGAAUUCAUCAAGGUGAAGCUGUCUGAUUACAUUGGGAAGAAAUAUGUGAUUCUAUUUUUCUAUCCUUUGGAUUUUACAUUUGUAUGUCCAACUGAGAUUACUGCUUUCAGUGAUAGAUAUGCCGAUUUUGAGAAGUUAAACACAGAAAUACUGGGUGUUUCCAUUGACAGUGUAGUAAGUGAUCCUCCACACCUUCACCCUCCAAAACAGGAAUUACUAAAAUAUNNNUUGAUUUCUGAUGUGACUAAAUCAAUUUCAAAAUCUUAUGGUGUACUGAUUCCAGACCAGGGAAUUGCGCUUAGGGGAUUAUUCAUCAUUGACAAGGAAGGAAUUAUUCAACACUCAACCAUUAAUAAUCUAGCCAUUGGCCGCAGUGUUGAUGAGACAAUGAGAACACUCCAGGCACUGCAAUAUGUCCAAGAGAACCCAGAUGAGGUAUGUCCAGCUGGGUGGAAGCCUGGUGAGAAAUCCAUGAAACCAGAUCCCAAGCUCAGCAAAGAGUACUUCGCGGCAAUAUGAGGAAAAUAAAUCAGGGCGCUUCUUCAUAUGAUCUACAUUGUCAUUUGGGAGCUCCAACGGAGUUUUGUUUUCUUGUACUGACUCCUAGAUUUGUGCGUGUUUAGAGUAGCAAUACAUGAAAAUAAGUCCAUGGGACAUUUUUAUCCCUUCGUUUAGAGUUCUCCUUUUGUGUGGCUUAUGUUA